AUGUCAAUAGGCACGGACUCCCAGUCAAGCUCCCGCGACCUCUCGUCGUCAAUCUCGUCACUCAACCAGUCGAGCAAGCGGACGUCAUCUGAGAUCUCCAAAAUCUACAAGCAUGCCUCUCAACUUUUUCUCACGCGCCGUUUACUCGAGGCAUACGAAGCCCUACAGCCUGUAAUCACACCCUCGAGCCAAAAAAGGCCGGAUGAUAGCCCGGUUCUCGCACCCAUCGCGACUGCGACCACCAGCCAGCGCAUCAAGAUCUGGAGCUUAUACGUCACGCUUCUGAACUCCAUCGUUGACCUUGGGUACGAAGAGGGGAGACAGGUGUUUGGGCCCAGAGAAUACAAAGAGAUUGUCAGGCGCGUACAGCACGGCGAGAUCUGGGAGCAGGUCGUCAAGGACGGAUAUCAGGGCAGAGAGGGCUCGGUUGAUGCGGAAGUUGUCUACAACUUGUAUGGGAGCUCCUUUCCCCUGCUCCGUAUUGACCUUGACAUUACUAACACGAUCAAAAGGUCAAAUCUCCUCCUUUCACAAGCCCCGGACCAGAAAAUCAAUCAAUCUCGACUAGAAACCUACUUUUCGUCCUCUUCACAGCCAGAUCUCGACCUCUCAGCCCACCUCGACCAUGCUCUGAGCAAUGGCCACCAACAUUCUUCGGGAAUGAACGGUGCCAACACCCCCAAAGAUCUCACCUCACGCAUAAAAGUCCUCGAAAUCUUCACGCUGCAUGUGCUGCCCAGAAAUGGCGAAUGGGAUUACGCAAAGAGUUUCAUUUCGAACAGUGAUAUCUUAGACGAGGAGAGACGGGAAGCAUUCAUGCAGACUCUGCAGGAACUCCAAGAUGUCACGGAAAGAGAGUCCAGUCUUGAGGUUGCGGACGAGGACGUCUUCGAGGAUACAGAAGAAAUAUUUUCAAAGCAGGAAGGAACCGGCACUGCUGAUAGAACAACGGAAACAGUUUCUCCGUCGCAAAGUGGCGCGUCCAAACACCAAAGGACGAGCAGCGAGGUUGACUACGGGAUCGAACGGGCGCAUCCCAACGGCGGUACCCAUACAGCAGCAACCAAAGACCAAACAGCAGCUAUUGCCUCCUCGCCCAUGACCAGCCUCCCUCCUCAACCCGUUCCAACUCCACGGUCGCCUCCACCGCCUGGUCCUCCGAGUUCAUCAAUACAGGGCCGCACCCACUUCUCGCCUCCUGCACAAACUCCCCGCCGUCCAGCCAGCCGAAAGAAUUCCAAGGCUUCCUCACAGAACGCACUAACGGCACAAGCCCGUGAGCUCUUCCUCGCCUUGUCAAACCUAGUCCGCAAUCUCGCCACAACCCUUCAGAAGAAUCCUACGGCAAUGCUGCGAUUCCUCCUUUUUGUUCUAGCGUUUGUGAUGGCAUUCUCUCAGAGGCAGAUUCGCGAGAAGACACGAGAAGCAGUGAGGAGGGCAUGGGAAAAGUUGCGGGGGACUCUUGGGAUGGGGGUCAAGGUCAGUUAUAUUUGA